UUAGAUACUUGUUGAAGGGUGUCAUCAUCAAGACCAAAGAGUACGUUUCUCUACUAGUUUGAUUCGAAGCUGCAAAAAAAAAAAAAUCACAUACAUGGCAAUGAAAAUUCCAGAGGUGAGUUUGGGGUCUUGUGGAGUGAGCAUGCCCGUGAUAGGAAUGGGCACAUCCUCAUACCCUCCUGUUGAUCCUGAAACCACGAAAGCUGCAGUUAUCGAAGCCAUUAAGGCCGGCUAUCGCCACUUCGACACUGCCUUCACUUACGGCUCCGAGAAGCCUUUGGGCGAAGCAGUAGCUGAAGCUCUGCGUCUUGGUCUCGUCAAGUCUCGCGACGAGCUCUUCAUCACAACCAAGCUCUUUAGCACCUUUGCUGAACGUGACCUCGUCGUCCCCAACAUCAAAAUGAGCCUCCAGAACCUUCAGUUGGAUUAUGUUGAUAUGUAUCUGAUACAUUGGCCAAUUAAAUUGAGCCAAAACAUCAAACAAACCCCAGUUCCAAAAGAAUGCAUACAACCUUUGGAUAUCAAGUCAGUGUGGGAAGGCAUGGAAGAAUGUCAAAAAUUGGGCCUCACCAAGGGCAUUGGGGUCAGUAAUUUCUGUGUCUGGAGGCUUGAGGAGCUUCUCUCAAUUGCCAAAAUCCCUCCUGCACUCAAUCAACUGGAGAUGAACCCAGUUUGGCAUCAAAAGCAAAUCAGGGAGUUCUGUAUCGCAAAGGGUAUCCAUGUCACUGCAUACUCACCUUUGGGUGCAAAUGGGACCAAGUGGGGAGACAACAGAGUUGUUGAGUGCAAUGUCAUAGAGGAGAUCGCCAAGGCUAGAGGGAAGACCACUGCUCAGGUUUCUUUGAGAUGGGUGUAUGAACAGGGGGUGAGUUUGGUAACAAAGAGCUUCAACAAGGAGAGGAUGAGGCAAAACCUUGAAAUUUUCGACUGGUCGUUAACCGAGGAAGAGUUGGAGAAGAUCUCUCAGCUUCCUCAGAUCAAAGGCUUUCACUUUGCCUCCAUUUUUGGACCCCAUGAGUUGUUGCUGGAGAUUGAUGCUGAGAUAUAAGCCUCUCAUUCUUAGAUCCUACUUUUCUUCCUAUACACAUGAGCCAACUCUUAAAUAUUGUAUAUUGUUUCAAUAUGUUGAAAAAUUAGAAUCAUCUAUUUUUGCUAUAAAAAUGAAUACCCUCUUCUAUCA